CAUACUCUCCAUAGUUUGUUUAGGGGAGGGGGUGGUAGCAUAGGUACAGUUUGGUACAUGAAGUUUGUUCUGUACACUACAUUGCUCAUAUUAUUACUUUCCGAAAUUCCUUAACAUUUACUUGAUUUCAGACUUCAGACAUAAUUUUUUUUUCUUUUUUAAAACUACUCACUGAAAUGUUUAAUUUUCAGGUGGCUUCCGUGAGUUAGAGCAUGAUCUUAUGUUUUUAUUUAUUUAUUUAUUUAUUUAUCAAUUAUCAACAACGCGUGCGCCUUUCAGUCAUAGCAACUAUUCAUAAGCAGCACUCAGUGACAGUGGCCUUUGUCUAUGUAUGUCAAAUGCAAUCUACUCAACGCAUAUUGACACACUGGGUUUGGCUUCGAGUUGGUGUUUUAUUUUUUUAAUGACCAGACUAGAUCAAACAUGCAACGAGAGCAGCCUCAUCACACUACUUUAUACAGAAAUUAUGCUAAUUUGCUUAGAAAUUGUGUACGGUAUUGGAUUGAAACAUGCUAAACUUUGUAUAUAAAAUAAAGCAUAUUCUUCCUUCAACCUUCGUACACCCACUGACGACAAACUGCACUGUCUAUUAAACGGAGCGCGUGCCAUACAUAAAAUGUAGGUUGACUAAGGACAAGUAAAAACUCCGGUGCGAGACCAUUCUGGGCUUUUGGGACCUCUACAGGUCAAGGGCACACCUUCCCAAACUUCCUGUCUGCAUACCAGUGAGGUAGUUUUUGUUCCUCUCUGCUUCGAAGCAGCUGCAUACGUCCUAAAUGGCUGCCUCUUAUGAACCAGGUUUGAAUGAGACUUUAUCGGAUCCGAGGACAAUGCUUUUAGGAGUUUAAUCCAGUCCAAGAGACCAUGAACAAGUGGUGAGGAGACAGAUUGUUGGCAUUACUACUAACAAGGAGCUUUCAUCACAUUGGUACGUACUGCAUCAGUACUGGGCCUUGAGUGGGUGUGUUACUCAAGGAAGAGACUGUCUCAAGUCUUUAAGCAAGGAUCAUUAUAGGGAUUUUUCAGGAUCUAGGAGAACGCGUUGGUUUAAACAAUACUUCGGCGGUUGUAAAGUGAGCUGUCACCCACGAGAAGUGGUUGCUACAAACAGACUGUAACAACCAGUCUCAAUAACAAACGACCGCCAGUGGUUCCCGAUGGGGAAAGGAGAGAGGCGGGGUGGAGGGCGUAGGGCCGGCGGGCGGAGGAUCGGAAGGCACCACAGAGCUGGCCACCGUCACCAUAUCGGUCUCCGCGCACACCACCACCAUCGGCCUGCCCGCAGAAUUGGCUUUCGCAGCAGAGGAGUGAGAGGGGGCGGCGGUGGGACAAUACACUUAGGGCCGGCUGCGGGAAAGACCGUCAUCGGCAUAUGCAUGGGCUUCUUCGGAGUUUUCCUGAUCGGAGUUGGCAUCAUGCUCACAGCUAUAUUUGCUACGUCGGGCACCGGGUCGGUAGCAGCGGGAGCCUGUGUUCUAGUGAUCGGGGUGGCGCUUUUAGGAGUCAGUUUGUGGCUUUGUAACAAACAGUGGAAAGAGGACCAAGCAGCCGCCAGUGCACAGGGUCAGGGUCAGCCGGGGGUGCACGUCAUCAGUGACGCCACAGGGACCGUGACCACGACAACUGUCAACCAAGACGGUCAAGCUGUCAUCAACAUGACAACUGUGCCCAACCAACCUGGUGUGAGCUUCCCAACUGACUGGUCAAACAUGGCUGCGGGCCAACCCUACCCGGGAUCCCAACCUUACCCUGGAACCUCGGCGGCCGGAGGAUUCGCAGCUGCGCCCUCGGCUCCACCCUCGGCCCAGCCCCCGCAGUACGGGUUCACCUACAACACCUCGGACAACUACAACACUCAGUACUCGUCUGGUACCAGCGACCUCCCGCCGCCUCCUGCAUAUAGCACUGUGGUGAACGAGAAACUUUAGCAGCUGAAAGUUAACCAAAGAGCUGUAAAUUUUUCGUUUAAAUAUUCUAACGAUUUUUCAAAUCAAGUUGAUAAUUCUGUAAGAACAGAACUGUGAUGAAAACAUUACAAACUUAAAGAGGUGUGUGAAAAAAUCGUCGAAAACAUUUUCUAAAAUUUUAAAAUACUGUGGUAAGCGAUAAACUUUAGCUGCCAAAAGAUUACCGAAGAGUUGGAAAGAUAUUUUAAAUAUUUUAACAAUAUUGCAAAACCC